UGUAUCAUCUACUUCUACAUAUUUUAUCCUGUUUUUCAUUUCUAAAUUUGAACGACGUUGCUUUUAUUUUGAAACAGCGUGUGAGGAGCGGAAGUCGCCUCCCUGCUCUCUCCCUCCAGCUUGACGCACCUUCGGCUGGGUCACGCUGCAAACCCGCCGGAUGUUUUGUCGCCAGUAUGUGACGGGAACGUUUGCUCGUUUGACCACGAAGCUUAAAAAAGAAAAAGAAAGAAAGAACCGAGCGGCGGCUCCGGUGAGCGGGCCCUGAACCCGGCACCGAUGAGUCGAGCUUUGUGAGAGGGCAGCAGUCAGCUGGAUGUCUGUGACGGAUCCAUGGGCCAGAAGGACCAUGUGGAGGCAGGAGCAGGCCACAUCCUCGACCUGGGGCUGGAUUUGGAGUAUCUCCACGUAGCAGGGGCUGACCGGCAGGCUGGCGGCGCUGACGGGCCCCCUGCUAUGGAGGAGCAGGAGGAGAGCUCCGGCAGCAACAGCAGCACCGCCAAUUCCCCUACACCCGCAGCGGUGGAGGAAAAUGCUGGGUCUGAUGCAGAGUGCGAGCCGGCGCCGCCUUCCAGCGCCACCCUCGCUGCCGGCCCCGACCCGGAUGGAGGAGAGGGAGGGUUAACUCACAUUAAGAACGCCCACCAGCCGCUUUGUCGGACCCAGUGUGUGGACUUAGGCACUGAGGGUCCUCCUGAACCCCCUUCUGAACUCUCAUCAGAGCUUGAACACGACACCCCGGUCAAGUCGUCACCCGGCUCCCCAUGCAAGCACCCACCGGAACCCUCCACAUCAUCAGAACCAGCGUCCGAGGCCAGUGGAAAGGAGUACCAGGCGAAGCUGGAGUUUGCCCUGAAGCUGGGCUACUCUGAGGAGACGGUGCGACUGGUGCUGUCCAAGCUUGGCCCGGACACCCUCAUCAACGACAUACUGGGAGAGCUGGUCAAACUGGGCACCAAGUCAGACAGCGAGCAGCCGGCUGCAUCUUUAGCGUCUACCUCAUCGUCUUCGUCCUCCUCUUCCUCUUGCGGCUGUUCCGAGCUGCUGGACGGGCAGAGAUCGGACUCGCCAUGUCCGUCAGACCCUCCGUGCGAUCAGGACAACCUGCGACCGAUCGUGGUGGACGGCAGCAACGUCGCCAUGAGCCAUGGCAACAAGGAAGUGUUUUCCUGCCAGGGCAUCCAGCUGGCUGUGGAUUGGUUCCUUGAGCGUGGCCAUCAUGACAUCACGGUGUUUGUGCCUGCGUGGAGGAAAGAGCAGUCCCGCCCUGAUGCUCCGAUAACAGAUCAGGAGAUUUUGCGUCGCCUUGAGAAGGAAAAGAUCCUCGUCUUCACUCCCUCGCGGCGUGUCCAAGGUCGCCGCGUGGUUUGCUAUGACGACCGCUUCAUUGUGAAGCUGGCCUAUGAGUCAGACGGCAUCAUCGUCUCCAACGAUAACUACAGAGACCUCGCUAAUGAGAAACCAGAGUGGAAGAAGUUCAUUGAUGAGCGGCUGCUCAUGUAUUCCUUUGUCAACGACAAAUUCAUGCCCCCGGAUGACCCUCUUGGUCGUCACGGCCCCAGCUUAGACAACUUCCUGAGGAAAAGACCCGUCAUGCCCGAGCAGAAGAAGCAGCCUUGUCCAUAUGGAAAGAAGUGCACUUACGGCCACAAGUGUAAGUACUACCACCCGGAACGAGGCGCUCAGCCUCAGCGUGCCGUCGCCGAUGAGCUGCGUGCCAGUGCCAAGACCUGUGUUACCACAAAAAACCAGGGGGACGCCGGGCUGGUGAAGAGCCACAGUGUGCCAGCUGGCAGCAUUGAGGCGAAAAAAGGUGCUCCGAAAAGGCAGUCGGACCCAAGCAUCCGAGCUCUGUCGUACAGCGAUGCCGAGGAGAAGCUGCUGGCAAAAGGGAGAGCAGAGAGCCAGAAGAGCAGUAUAUGUGGCAGUAGCAGCAGCGGUGGUCUAACCAUGUCUCCAGCCCCAGGAGGAGGCCCUCCAUCUGGUCUUAACCUCGCCCAGGAGCAGCAGUCCAGAGCAGCGACUCCUCAUGGCCUAUCAGCCCCCAGCCAUGACCUUUACCCUCACUGUGAGUCUCCAGACUUGAGCUACUACUCGGUAACGCGUGCCUACUCUGGCCUGAGCCUGUCGUCCAGACGAAGCCCAGACUGUCGCUUCCCCAAUGACACGGACCUGCGGCUGGGCUCGAUGGGCUCAACGGGGUCUGAAUGCGGCAGCGAAAGCAGCGUGAGUUGCGGUAGCAGCUGCGACUCGUACAGUGAGCGGCCGUGUCCCGGAUGCCCUCCAGAUGCUUUACUGGAAGACAGCGUCCAUUUUGCAAAUCCCCACAGCCGGCUGUACCCCCACCACACCGCGUCAAACCAUGAACUUUGUGGUCUUCAUCCGGCCGAUUACACAAAUAUCCAACACAGCCACUCGUCUAACACCGGAGUACACAGCUACCAUCUGAGUGUGGCGCGUGGCCAGAGUUGUGCCCACGAUCAGCCUUCACCAGAGGCCCCUCCAAAGCGCCCUCUCUACCCCUUACCGCCUCACCUCCAGCACCAGCCGCUGGUCGCUCGCUCCAGCUGCCCAGGCGACUAUCACUCCCUGCCCCAGUCCAACCCUCACCCUCCUGGCUCUCCUCUUGGGCGCUGCCUGGGCCCCACACGAGCAGAGAGUGUGUCGGACUCCCAUCUGUACGAACACCUGUCAACGUCACACCAUCACCACCGGACAAAAGCUCUGCCCAGCUGGGACAACUACUACAGGCAGCCUCCAUUGCCGCCGUCCAGGUACGAGCCGUCUGCCUAUCAGAGCCUGCCAGACACACGCCAGUCGUCCUGGCACGCCCCUCCGUGGGCACAAGACGGCUACGCCCAGCACCACUCCUCCCACCCAGCUCUCCACCCGUCCCCGACACACUACCUAAACCACCCACCGCCUCCAGCCCACUCCCCUCACCCGCCUCAUCCGUCAGGAACUCCCCUCCCACCGUAUCCACCUCACAGCACUCACCUUUCGGUGCCCUCCCACGCUGCUCCCUCCACCUACAUGCCACCGCACCCGGAUUCCCCCGCACACAGCCGCUACGGGGACGCGAGGGAGAAAGUGUACGUCAACCUGUGCAACAUCUUUCCCUCUGAGCUGGUGAGCCGGGUGAUGGCCAGGAGCCCUCACAUCACCGACCCGCAGCAGCUGGCAGCCGCCAUCCUCGCGGAGAAAGCCCAGACAGGCUACUGAAGAAUGAAGGAAGACGUAACCUCCCGUUGGAAAACAAACCGUUUGGGACACUGGAACGCUUUUGGAUUGUCUGUUUCUUAUGACAUUACUGAGACGAUGCAUACGUUUCAAGGAUAUAAAAUGCUAAAGAUAAUCCAAAAAUCCAGCUCUGGUCACUGCGCAGCGACAACUAAAUCAACCUUAGUGUGGAGAGAGCGAGUCAUUCGACUCUGACGUAAAAAGUGCGACUUAUGGAGAUGUUCUGCCCGCUUAUUCUUUUAUUUAUUUCAUUAGAUUCACAAAAAAAACUACAAAUUCAGGCACUUUUCGUUUGUUUUACUGCCAAACCAUAACUGAGUGAGUUGCAUACAUCCAAUAUGACUGAAAUGAAGAGUUACUCAAUCAUUUCACCACCUUUACGGCCAGAUUGUGAUGUAGGGACUACACACACACACACACCGUAUGUGCAUCGUACUCACUCUCAGAUUUUAAGUGCUGGACCGGUGAGAUUACACACUCGUCAUGUGGCGGAUCUCCCACCAGGUACUUCGCCCAUCCAUCACAUGACCGUCUUUGGCCGAGGCCUGUGUAUUAUAUUAGUCUCUUUCUGUGCGUGUGUGUGUCGUGGGGGUUUUUCCAUGUUGACAACAAUGGGUGUGUGAAAGAUGGUCGUCUUAUUUGAGAUGACGGUCAGAGUUGUAGCUGUAGAGAUGGGUGACCCUGUCGUGUGUACCUUAGUUUUAGUAAGGGACAUCUCUCUCUCUCUCUCUCUCUCUUUCUCCUGCUAUCUCUCUCUCUCUUUCUCUCUCUCUCUCUCUCUCUGGCCCUAUAUUUUGGGUCAUCUCUGGCAUCUGCUACAGACACAGCAACAUCUGCACAUCGGUAAAUCAACAUGUAUGUAGUGUAAAUAUAUUUAACAGCUGUGCUUUUUUUGGCCAACGGCCUGUGCUGUCGUCUGUAGCAGAUCCCAGCUGAAUCCAUGCUAGACGGAGAAAAACCUUGUUUGAUACAAAUUGUAUCAUUAAGUAAGUCGCUGAUGUUAUAUACAGUACAUGGACUUGUUGAUCUAUAUUUAUCAAACACUCUUGAUGUAUUGCUAUAUGAUGAAGUGCAUUGACAACAGUUGCGUUCCGAUCGAGAUGUUCCAACUUUUAAUCUUGUGGAAAUUGCUUUGAGACAAUUAUUUCACAUGUGUUAUGAAACUAAAGGAGUCGUCUGCCUACUUUAGGCGGCAUGACUUCUUUCUUUAUCUGCGCUUUUGGGUUUGAAGCUGGCUUAUUUUCUACAGGAGCUCCAGUUAAAUCACAUGUACAAAAUAUUUAGUUUACUGUUUUUGUUUCCGGUAAGGUUGGGGUCGGUUCAUUUCAAGUUUGUUUUUUUUUAGCUACUUUAUUAUUAAGUCAGGAAAUAUUUAAAUAUCCUUUAAAGUCACAUAUAAAAUUCUUGAAAUAGUAGAAAAUGGAUGUUUUAUCAUUAACUAAUCUGUUUUUAUUAAGUCAUAAAAUUGAGUGGAUGGACCCCAACCAUGUUUUAUAUUUGGGUCAGUCCCAAUAUGCCGUGGCGGCCACUUUGAAUGUCUAAUGCAAUACCGAAGCUCUGCCAAGUUUUUGGAAUCAGUGAAGAAAUAAUGACGACAACUGCGACAAACGUGUAAAGCUUUGAGAUUUUUAAGCGCAAAAUAUAAAAUCAUUUCCUUGGCCACAGUGCGUUAGCUCGAAACUUUACCACAAGGAGAAAAUAUAACCGCUGAGGCUACCUGAGCACUUACGUAACUAACAUUUCCGACCUGAUCUGAUCUGUUCAAUAGUCCAAACAUUGUAAUUCAGACAUGUGUUGCACUUAUUAGUUGGACGUCUGAAUGCAGCAUUAGUCGUUACCAAGAUAUACAGACAAAUUAAAAAUGUUAAUGCUAACUGUUAAUUGAUCUGGAUUAUUUAAUAAUAAGUGUUCACUGCUAGCUUUGGUUUGGAGUGUAACGCAAGUUCAAAGUGGCCGCCAAGGAGUGAAAGUCUACAGUGAGCUCGUCACACAGUUCAUCACAAGCCAGCUACAUAAAGCCCAUUGGUUUCUUUCCUGUAAAACGUGUUACGUUGUACAAAUAAUGAAUAAUUGUACAAGGACACGUGCCGUUGAUGAGAGAACCUUUGUGUGUAUUGAAGAAGCGCCUUCUCUCUGGCCUCCUGGCACUGUGUGUCAGUGUGGCACCUGAGCGUGGGCCCAAAGUAAUGCCUCUUCAUGGCAUUGUGCUUAUGACACAUCCAAUACUCUGAACUAUGUUCAGCUAACUGUUAUGCAUGUUUUGAUUUUGAUUUUGUUUUCUGCAUGUUUCCUUGUGUUUAAUUUGUGUAUAUAGCUGUGUUUAUGUGACAUGAUGUGCUGAAGCUGUUGAGAUGCCUCUUGACUUACUUAUACACAAACCGGCUUGUUUUUUCUGCUCGUUAAUGUUUAAUUGGAUCUAUUAUUUGAUUUCAGUACAAUACAAAGUCAAGUUGUUUUCUCUAAGGCUUGACGUGUACUCCAAAGGAUCUGGAAGCAUGUUUUUCUCCAGCAUUUGUUUGCUUUGGAAGUGCACUCAGCUGUAGAUAGUGAUAAUGGAAACCAUUAUGAUAAAUUGCUUUGCUGUGCUGUAGAUAUCACGGGCCAGUACACUCUAAUAUAAUGAAAAUCCUCUGUUUCACCUUGCCAGCAGAAAAACUGUAAGCAACUGAUUAUUGUAACAUUUUCACCUGUAACUGUGAUUGUUCAUUAAAGAGUACUGCUAUAAAA